CACCGAGAGGAGGGCCUAGAGCAGACAAGCCCGCCCCGCCGCUCCUCCCAGCCGCUUCUAUCCCGGAAGUUGAAGCCGAGCGCAGAUCGCUUGCAGUUUGCUAGCUGUGUGGGCUGGGAGGUCUGGUAGGGCUGAGCUUGCGAGAGGAUCAACAUGCCUUUGGCUAGAGAUUUACUACAUCCGUCCUUGGAAGAGGAAAAGAAAAAACAUAAAAAGAAACGCCUAGUACAAAGUCCAAAUUCUUACUUUAUGGAUGUAAAAUGUCCAGGUUGCUACAAGAUCACAACGGUUUUCAGCCAUGCUCAGACAGUGGUUCUUUGUGUAGGUUGUUCAACAGUGUUGUGCCAGCCUACAGGAGGAAAGGCCAGACUCACAGAAGGUAUAUCAUUUGGCAUUCUCCAACCCAGUGAUGAGAUUGAUGAUUAUAAAUGUCUCUAUCUUCACUGAAAAGUUUAAAGAAAUCUUAAUGAUUACCAAAAUAACUUAUCUUUCAUUGUGUGCUUUCAGUAAAGAAUGGCCUGUUCAAAUGGAUAUAUUUAUACUCUUGACCUUGCGGUGAACUCCAUUGACUUAUUUUUCUUAGUUUAGAACACAUUUAUUCACUUAGUUUGCUUAACUUGGAAUAAAUUAAGUCAGAAUAGAAGCAAAAGAAUAACUACAUGUUAUAGGACAUGCAGAUUUAUUUAUUUAUUUAUUUAUUUAUUUUUAUUAGGAGUCUCGCUCUGUCGCCCAGGCUGGAGUGCAGUGGCGCCAUCUCAGCUCACUGCAACUUCUGCCUCCCCGGUUCAAGUGAUUCUCUUGCCUCAGCCUCCCAAGUAGCUGGGACCACAGGCGCGUGCCACCAUGCCUGGCUAAUUUUUUGUAUUUUUAGUAGAGGUGGGGUUUCACUGUGUUAGCCAGGAUGGUCUUGGUCUCCUGACCUCAUGGUCUGCCCGCCUCAGCCUCCCAAAGUGCUGGGAUUACAGGCAUGAGCCACCUCGCCGGCCAGGACAUAUAGAUUUUUAAAACCAUAUAGAAUUUUAAAAUUUCUCUUACAAAAUUCUGUUCCAUAUGUAUUUAGUACAUAUAAUAGUUUUUUUUUAUCAUUGCCAGCUAAGCAACAGAUAGCUAAUAUAUAAGUUAAAAUGCCAGAGGUUUUAUUUUUAUGAGCAACUGCAAUGAUUAAUAUAAAAACCUAAUUUUAAUUCCUCUUUCACUUUAGUGCAAUAAGAAAAAUAUAUAUAUAUAUAGUUUCCAUAGUAAUACUUAUAAAUUUACAAUUCCAUAAUGAUGUUAUAAAUUUGCUUGUGAUAUUUUGGAGAGCUGUAAGUUCCAUGCUCUCACUGGAAGAGUUCAAGUGGAUUGGCAGCAAAUCCGAGAUCUAUUUGGUGUGACCUGGUGAGAUCUAAAUAUGGAGUCAGCACAUGAUAUUUUAAGAGUAAUAUUGCUAAGUAAUAUUGCUAAGUAUACUUGUGAGAUUUUUGAAAUAAAGUAUGUCAUGUCAUGAUUUUGGAAUUUAGUGCCCAUAUGCUGACAGAUGGUUUAAUGGGUCUAUCUGUUCUAGAGUUUUCCUAAUGGGUCUGAAAAUACCUCUAAUCAAAAUUAUUUUCUUGAGAAAAGUAUUCAGAAUAGUUCCUAAAAAUUAAGAGUAUAUCUUCUGACAGCUUGCUUGAAACAGUCUUCACUGUUGAAUUCAGGCUCAUGGUCUUAAGUAGACUUCAUUAUAGCAUUUGAGAAACAGGAGUGACACUUAUAGUCAUACCAGAGUAAACUCAGAUAUGAUAGAUAUAUUAUAGCAAAUUUCUGGUAUAAAAGGAUAAAUAAUCUGUAUAUGAAUAUUAAUCCAAUAUUCUUAAAACUUCAGUAUUUUACUUAAAAGUACUUUUUGUCAUUAAAAUUAUAGCAAAGGUAGAAUGCACUUGUUUAAUAUACUCUCAUGAUUCUUUUGCAGGGUGUUCAUUUAGAAGAAAGCAACACUAAUGAUUCAAACAGCUUCCUGAAUUUUGUGUUGUCUCACAGAAAGCCUUAUCAUAAAUUCCAUAAUUCUAAUUAAUUUACCAAGAUAAUGUAAUUACAUUUGGUUUUGUAAGGUAUACAGCAGUAAUCUCCUAUUUUGAUGUCAGUUUUUCAAUAAAGUUUUGAUUAUGGGCAAA